CUGCAAGUUUGGCGGGGGCGCCCCUUGCUGCCGCCGCCUCCCCGCUAUUGUCCCCGGUCUGCGGGAGGGAGCCCCCUCCAGGCCCUCCCUCCCAUUGCCCCAAGCAGAUGCGGACCGAGCGGAUCGCCGCGAGGAUUAUCUUACACUGAACUGAUCAAGUACUUUGAAAAUGACUUCAAAACUUCUCUGGGUGUCCUUCAUACUUGCUGCAUUGACACUUUCAAUUACAUUUUCUCUCCAACCAGACCAGCCAAAGGUUCUACUAGUUUCAUUUGAUGGAUUCCGUUGGGAUUACUUAUACAGAGUUCCAACACCCCAUUUUCAUCAUGUUAAAGAAUAUGGUGUCCACGUGAAGCAAGUUACUAAUAUUUUUAUUACAAAGACCUACCCUAACCAUUAUACUUUGGUAACUGGCCUCUUUGCCGAGAAUCAUGGCAUUGUGGCAAAUGACAUGUUUGAUCCUGUUCUGAACAAAUCUUUCUCCUUGGAUAAUAUGAACAUUUAUGCUUCUGAGUUUUGGGAAGAAGCGACGCCAAUAUGGGUCACAAAUCAGAGGGCAGGACAUACAAGUGGUGCAGCCAUGUGGCCCGGAACAGAUGUCAAAAUACAUAAAAGCUUUCCUACUUACUAUAUGCCUUACAAUGAGUCCGUUUCAUUUGAAGAGAGAGUUGCCAAAAUUAUUGAAUGGUUUACAUCGAAAGAGCCCAUCAAUCUUGGUCUUCUCUAUUGGGAAGAACCUGAUGACAUGGGCCACCAUUUGGGACCAGACAGCCCACUCAUGGGGCCUGUCAUUUCAGAUAUUGACCAGAGGUUAGGGUAUCUCAUACGAAUGCUGAAAAAGGCAAAGUUGUGGAACAUUCUGAACCUAAUCAUCACAAGUGAUCACGGAAUGACGCAGUGUUCUGAGGAAAGGAUCAUAGAGCUUGACCAGUAUCUGGAUAAAGACCACUAUACCCUGAUUGACCAUUCGCCGGUGGCAGCCAUCUUGCCCAAAGAAGGCAGAUUUGAUGAAGUCUAUGAAGCACUAGCCCAUGCUCAUCCUAAUCUGACCGUUUACAAAAAAGAAGAGAUUCCAGAAAGAUGGCAUUACAAAUACAACAGUCGAAUUCAGCCAGUUCUCGCAGUGGCUGACGAAGGGUGGUAUAUUUUACGGAAUAAGUCAGAUGACUUUCUGUUAGGCAACCACGGUUAUGAUAAUGCAUUAGCAGAAAUGCAUCCCAUAUUUUUAGCCCACGGCCCUGCCUUCCGAAAGAAUUUCACAAAAGAGGCCAUGAACUCAACAGAUCUGUACCCCCUGCUCUGCCACCUCCUCAAUAUCACUGCAGUGCCACACAACGGAUCACUCAGGAACGUCCAGGAUCUGCUCAGUUCACCAACUCCAAGAGCAAGACCUUAUACACAGAGCCCUCCUCUCCUCCAUGGUAGUGUCAAACCAAGAGAAAAUGAACAAGAGGAGCCAUACGCUUAUUUCAUAGGCGUCUCUCUCGGUAGCGUUAUAGUUAUUGUGUUUUUAAUAAUUUUCAUUAAACACUUAAUUCGCAGUCAAAUACCUGCCUUACCAGAUUUUCAGGCUGAAAUAUCUCAACCAUUAUUACAAGCCUAAUGCUCCUUUGAUGUGGAGAUUGCAUAGUUAUGUCAGGGUGUAAAGGUUUCAAAUUCUAGGAAACCAGCUUCAAACAUUUGCACAGACCAUUAAGCAGUUACGUACAUAUGCAGAGGCAGUCAUACACACACACACACACACACACACACACACACACACACACACACACGCACACGGACCAAAAUACACAUACCUGCAAAGGAUGAAAGAUGGGGAAGUAUGUUUCCAUUGUCCUCUCUGGCUUCUGGUAGGUAAGAUCCUGCUUUAUUUGGACUUGGCACAUACAAUGUAUAUAUUUAACAACUUUGCACUAUUUGAAGUACCUUACAUAUUGCACUUUAAAUUACUCUCCUAAUGGGUACAUUUAUGUGAAAUGCACUUUAUUGACAAUUACAUCUGAUAACUCGGUUGAAAAAGACAACUUUUGCACCCAUGUCCCAGAAUACCUGUUAUUCCUGUUCAAACGGAAUGAAAUUUCUAAUAAUUCCUGAAUACUGUAGAAAUCUAUCUAUCUUCUUAAAUUGGGAGAACACGAAGAAAGUGAAAACUGUUGAAAAUGAAAUGUGAUGACCUUUGAACAUUGAAUUUUGGAGAGACGCAUUCCCAACAGCAGGGUGCAUCUGUGGGCACUCCUUGUCAUAUUUCUUUCCAAUGGACAUGGGUUUUCAUUUUAUUUUUCCCCCAAAAAAGAGAUCCAAAUACUGACGGAUUCAUUCCAGGUAUGUUGUUUCCAUCGUGAAAUUCAUUAUUGCUGUUUCCUGAUUAGUCAUUUUACUCUGAUUUUAAUAGUAAGACACCAUAAGACCUCUACUCUGUAGGCUUGAAAAAAAAAAAAAAAAAAAGACACCAUGAAUAUACAUUUCUUUCCUCUCGAGUCUAGCACUGGUCUGACUAGAAGGCAUCAGGCACCAUCUCAGCAAUAUUUUCUCUUGCUCUGUAAUUAUUUGCUUCCUUGAAAACUAAAUCACUAUUAGUCGCAUUGAAAAAUCAGAUUAGAUAAAACAAUGUUUUCUUUCUGGUAAUCUGUAGUGACAGAACACAGCAUCUUUUAGAUUUCUGCAUUUGAAGGUCCAGAAUUGCAAGAGAGCACAAACCACAUUAGGGAAAACGUAGGCCACGCAAUCCGUGAAAAGAACUGUGUGGAGCUUGGGGGAAUAAAAAUUAGACAGAAACUUGGGGAAAAAAAUUAGGCAGGACCAUUGUUGUUUGCAGCGUACCCAGGACAAUGCUAAAGGGUGCCUGGUGGCAAGUAAUGGUGAAACGCGUAGAGGUAACGGGUAAUUGAAACAAGAGAAGCUGAGAUUAUAGCCUUGUUUCCUGAAAUAUCUGAAUAUCCACUCGCCAAAUGCUCAGUGGAAUCAAACAUGAAUCCAGGUUCACAAAUAGACUUUACCUCCUGGGUAGGUUUUUUCACCUCCCUGGUCAUCUCAGCUCCUCACUCCCACCAUGGAAAGAUGUGCCUUAGAUCUCUUAAGUAGGCUGGUUAGGGACAGGGUGGUGUUACCUGCGGUUUCUUAGAGGAAAGAGAAAGCCCUGGAAAGAAUAGCUUUCCUUGAAGAAAAUAGAAACCAGUUUAUAGACACGUGGCCCAUAGAAAAUACUGUGAUUUUGUGUAUAUUUAUGCACCAACUCGCUAAAAGUACGUAAAGUGGUAAAUGUAUUCCAGAAAGGAUAAACUAGAUGUAAAGAACAAAAGUGGCAUAGUGAAAAAUAUAAGUGAAGUGCUUCCUAAAAUCAGGUGAUUCUUUUUAAAUGAUGAUACCAGUAAACAAUGUUAGCACUUAAUUCUCAUGUCAUUAAUACAACCUCUAAAUGGGAUAGAAUGGAAUCGCUGGAAAUGUACUAUAGAUUAAAAAGCUGAUAAGUGAGAUGGUAGAAAACUCCUCAAGAGGUCUGAACUCUGGAUUAGACGUUUUACAACAUGUGACCACUUGUGUUGGCUUGCUUUGUAGCGAGGAACUUAUCUGCGUUAUUGAGAUGCCAAUCUAAUGACUGAAAGAUGAAACUGGUCUUUUUAAAAGCAUUAUUAUUCAAGUGCUAUCUGUGUAUUUAAACUAAUUGUUGCAUUAAAUUCAGUUUAGAGGGUGCUAUUACCUUAGUAGUAAGAAGAGAGUAGAUUCUGUAACACUGAUGAAAUCAUUAAAAUUCUGAUAUGAAGAUUUGAUUAUUGAAUGGUUUCCUUUAUCUACAGAUACUUAUUUUCCUGUAAAAUAUCAGCAGGAGAGUUUACCUGAAGGAAAAUAACAUUUUAAACUUUGCUGGGGAAAUAUCUACUCACUCAUCAUUUUUCGAUAGUUUUGUUGUUGUUUUGGUUUUAUCUGCAUGUCUCUGUGGUCAAACUUUGUAUGCAGUCAACACAAAUUAGCACAUAGAAAUAACAUGUAGACCAGCUAAUCUUCCUAACUGUAAGUAAGAACUUUUAAAAGGUCCAAGGAAUGGAAUCCCCCCCUCA